AUGGGUGAUCCAACUGUGACAACUCGUCGUCAAAGUUUUCAAUCAAAAUCUACUAAAAAAACUCAUAAAGAAAUUAGAUUUGGUUCUUAUGUAUUAGGAUCAACUUUAGGUGAAGGUGAAUUUGGUAAAGUUAAAUUAGGUUGGAAAAAAGAUGGUUCUCAACCUUCUCAAGUUGCCAUCAAAUUCAUUCGUCGUGAUUCUAUACCAAGAGGAAGUGAAAGAGAAAGUAAAGUUCAUAGAGAAAUCAAUGCUUUAAAAAGAUUAUCACAUCCAAAUAUUGUUACUUUAGAAGAAGUCUUACAAAAUGAUAAAUAUAUUGGUAUUGUCUUAGAAUAUGCUUCUGGUGGUGAAUUAUUUGAUUAUAUUUUACAACAUAGAUAUCUUAAAGAUUCAUUAGCUUGCCGAUUAUUUUCUCAACUGGUUAGUGGUGUACAUUAUAUGCAUUCAAAAGGUAUAGUUCAUAGAGAUUUAAAAUUAGAAAAUUUAUUAUUAGAUAAACAUAAAAACAUUAUAAUUACAGAUUUUGGUUUUGUUAAUAGUUUUGGUCCAUAUAAUGAUUUAAUGAAAACUUCAUGUGGUUCCCCAUGUUAUGCAGCUCCAGAAUUAGUUAUUUCAAAUGAACCUUAUGAAUCUAAAAAAGUUGAUGUAUGGUCUUGUGGUGUUAUAUUAUAUGCUAUGCUGGCUGGUUAUUUACCAUUUGAUGAUGAUCCACAAAAUCCAGAUGGUGAUAAUAUUGCAAGAUUAUAUCAAUAUAUUACAAAUACUCAUUUAACUUUCCCUGAAUAUAUUGAACCAAUGCCUAGAGAUUUAUUAAGAAGAAUUUUAGUACCAAAUCCAAAGAAAAGAUUAACUUUAAGAGAAGUUAGAGGUCAUCAAUGGUUAGCUCCUCAUGCUCCAUUUUUAUCAGUUACACCUGCAGAAUGGGAUAAAAAUUAUAAAACAAAUAAUGAAUAUAAUGCAAAUAUUGUUAAAACUCAACGCAAUUUAGCUGUUAAGAAUGAAAUUAGAAGAUAUUCAUUAAUUGAUACUACAUCUGCUUCAUUACAAAAUCAUAAUGUUUCAAAUCAUUUUUUUUCAAAUCCUUUACCUCCUCAAACUUCAUCAAAUCAUGCUAUUGCAUUACCUUCAUCAACUUCAUCUACAUCUAUUAAUGAACAAUUAAGAUUUAGUCCAAAAGGUCAUCACAGAUCAAGUUCUGUUCAAUCUUAUAGUUCAGCCUCAUUAGCUUUACAAGCUGUUGUUGAUGCUGAUGAAACUAGACAUACACCAAUUCCUUCAAAUCAACAAGGUCAACAACCUGAUAUGAAACGCCGUAAUUCUGAUACAAGAAGACCAAGUGCUCCAUUUAUUCAAGGUAUUCCGAGAUCAACUACUCAUACUGGUAUUCCAACUUUAGGUGAUGUUAGAGAUACAAGAAUUAAAGAAACUAUUCAAGAACAAACUCCAUUGAAUCCAUCUUUCAAAACUCCAAAUUUUGCUGUUCCAAAAAUUCCAAAAACUUCAGAUACUUGUCAUAAUAGUAAUGCUAAAUUACCGGGUCCUGGUCCAAAUGGUAGAAAACCAAGACCAACCUCUUAUCAUCCAGGUUUAUAUUCAUUAACUGGUAAUAAUCAACUCUCACCAACCGGAUUUGAUUCCUCAAAUUCACCAGUUAUAAGAUCAGAAUCAACAAAUUCAAUUUCCUCUUUAACAAAUGGUAAAAUUAGUCAACCAUCAGUUGAUCUAAGUUCUGCAGAAGGUGAUAUUAUUAAACCAAAAUCUCCAAAUAUUUUAUCAUCAAAGAAAUUUUCAGUUGAUGAAUCUGAUGAAAAUAUUUCUGAAAAAUUGAUUAAUCUAAAAUCUGAUGAAAGUUUUGAAAAUAAUGAAUAUAAUAAUGACAAUGAUACUAAUACCACUAAUAAUAACAACAAUAAUAACAUUAAUGAAAAAGAAUCAACAUCUAAUAAUGAAAAAACUGUCAAAUCUUCAUCUACGGUUAAUAGUUCAUCUUAUAAUGAUAAAAAGAAAAAUAGAUAUAGUGCUGUUAUUGCUGCUGAAAUUGUUCUUGAUAAAAUAUUUGGUUCUAGUGGAUCAAAUGAUGAUUCUAAAAACAAAUUGAAUGAAUCUUCUGAUAAUUUACAAAGAUCUCAAUCUCAUACAUCAAGUGUUCAUUCAAACAAUUCAAAACCUUCAAAUUUAUCAACAAAUACUAAAAAUACAUCAGUUCAAGAAUCUCCUGAUCAACAAUUUAAAAAGCAUUCAAAUAAUUCUAAAACAAGACUCACAAGUGGUUCAAGUUCUGAUGUUAAUAAUUUAUCAACUUCAAAUAGUAAUAGAACCAAAAGAUUUAGUUUCUUACAAGGAUUUUAUGGUAAUAAUUCAAAUGAAAACACAGCACCUUCAUCAACUCAAUCACAACAAAUUCACCAACAACAUCAACAACGCCCAAGAAUUUCAGAAUCAAACUCAUCAAAUACAACAACUACAACAUCAACAAGAAAAGUUUUAGAACCAUCGAAUGAAAUUAAUAUUCCAAGAAAAUCUCAACAAACAAAUAGAGAAAAUAGAAAAUCAACAAUUGAUUAUCCAAAUUCUCAAAGAAAAGAACCAUCAACUGCUAAAAAGGUUAUGGAUUUCUUUAAAAGAAGAAGUAUGCGUGUCGGUUGA